ACCAGUGGAGACCGGUUGAUCGUGUUCUGAUUGCUACGGAAAUCACUUUCGAGGACCGUCAUUCAUCGGUCCCAUUCCAUCAUUACACCGGUGCAUCAAGUCACCCAACAUGGCGUCCCAGCAAGCCUAUCCGGUUCUUCCAAAGAACCUGCUCAUCAUCUCGUUGAAGAUGUACUUCACACCAACCCGUACGCUGGACUACUGCCGUGCUCUGCUCGACCCCAAGAAUGAUAUCGUCCGCCCGGAGAACCGUUCGAAGCUGUUGCUGGCCCUCAUCCCCGACUUCCUGACUGUCUACCCCUGUGCGGAGAUUAUCAAGGCGUGGGAAUCCACUCUACCGAAGGAUGACACCCCUUCACUGCCGGCUCCAUUCCUGCUUGGGGCUCAGGAUUGCUUCUGGGAGCCCCUCGGCGCCUACACCGGAGAAGUUUCGCCGCUGGCGCUCCGCUCGAUGGGGGUGUCCAUCGUCGAACUUGGUCACGCAGAACGCCGCGCCAUCUUUGGCGAGACAGAUAACCAGACUGGCCUCAAAGCUGCUGCUGCAUGCGCACAAGGUAUGGUUCCGCUGGUCUGCAUUGGAGAGGUCACUGCUCCCGGUCCCAUUGCCUCGCAAGCCAUCGGGCAGGCCGUCAGCGAAUGCGAGGUCCAGAUCCGGGCUGUCCUCCAGGCCAUCCCGGCGGAGGCACCAGUCAUCUUUGCCUACGAACCAGUGUGGGCAAUUGGGAAGCCCGCUCCGGCGGGUGUAGAUCACAUAUCGGCGGUGGUCGAGGGCAUCAAGGCGGUGAUUGGCACCCGCGUGGGGGACGUCCGGAUCUUGUACGGGGGGAGUGCCGGACCGGGGCUGUGGGGCCCGGGCGGUCUGGGGAAGGCCGUCGACGGCAUGUUCCUGGGCCGAUUCGCCCACGAAGUCGACGGGGUCCGCAAGGUGGUCAGGGAGGUUGAGGAGACGUUGGCUUGAUCAUCGGUCUGCUGCUCCGGCAGAUGCAGGCUCGGGUUACGCUCUCGGACGAGACCAAAACACAAAACCAAACAUAGUACAUCAUGAACCACACUACUAGUGUCUACUACUGCUAGAUGUGGGGGAAGAAUGGGCAUCACGCGGAAGAACAGAGAAUUUUAGACUGCUAGCAGCCCCUUUCCAAGACCUUGUGUGAUAUCCACCAUCGUCGGGUAUCCUGUUCAGGCAAACCCGAGCAGUAUCCAUCGUUUAAGCCAUCGUUUCCUUCCAUGGAGGAAUGGGAUCUCGAAACAGGCAAUGCCGACUUGAUCCAUCUCCCGAGUGGGAUGGAUUCAUGGAUGAUUGUGGAUCACAACCGAGUCGGUGAAGAGCUUCUCGAAGCUUGCGGGAUCUCCGCUCCCAGCGAUCUAGGCCCAGAUGGAUUCCUGCCCGCUCGAGUCCGCGUGAGGUUG